AUGUCUCUCACUGGGUUCAUCGGGCUCGGCAACAUGGGCGGCCAUAUGGCUCGCAACUUGCUCAAAAAUGGAAAGAAAUUGAUUGUCUAUGAUGUUAAUAAGCAAGUUGUAGAUCAAUUCAAGUCAGAAGGGUGUGAAGUGGCCACCCAUCCAGCAGACAUCGCCGCCGCUUCCAAAGAAAUUGUGACGGUUUUGCCGAGCUCGCCACACGUAAAAGCUGUCUAUCAAGGAGAAAAUGGCAUUUUCAAAACAAUCCAGCCGGGAACUCUCUGUAUGGACUCGUCGACUAUCGAUCAAGUUGUGACGUUAGAAGUUGCUCAAGCGGCGGCUCUCCUCAAGGCAGAGUACAUUGAUGCACCGAUUUCUGGUGGUGUCACUGGCGCCCAACAAGCGACUCUCACAUUCAUGGUCGGCGCCGGCAACGACGAGACAUUCGCCCGUGCGAACGCAGUGCUCAGUCUGAUGGGAAAGAAUAUUGUGAAUCUAGGAGCCGUCGGAAACGGAACGGCCGCCAAGAUCUGUAACAACAUGUUACUCGGAAUUCAGAUGGUCGCUGUGGCGGAGACGAUGAAUUUGGGAAUGUCGAUGGGUCUCGACGCGAAAGCUCUCGCUGGAAUCAUUAAUACGUCGUCGGGUCGUUGCUGGUCAUCGGAUACCUAUAAUCCAGUACCAGGAGUUCUUCCAAACAUUCCAUGUGCUAAGGGCUACGCCGGUGGCUUCGGUACCACCCUAAUGGCCAAAGACCUGUCACUCGCCCAAAACGCGUCCACCAACACCCAGGCACCCACUCCAAUGGGAUCACUCGCCCAUCAAAUCUACCGUAUCCUCGCCCGUGACCCCGCCUACCAAGCCAAGGACUUUGGCGUCGUCUACCAAUUCUUGAAGAAACAAAAUGUGUGA